AUGGAGAAGACCGGGUCAAAUGCGAACGAAGAGCAUGCCGACGAGCUUAAUUGCGUCAGCCCCGACCAGUACUCUCAGCCAGAAUGGUUCAUCUUUCUGGAGGCCAGGAUCAAGGGCACCGAAAACCAAGCUGGCUUAUCCUCGGAAGAAAUUUUAAAAUCUGCUGCCAGAAUCAACUAUUACAGCCCGGCCAUGUGGAACCGACCUAUCUCUACCAGCUUUCAUUUCGACAUUAGCUCUGAGGAACGAGAUGAACUGGGAUCUGCCGCUGCCAUAAAGCUGAUCUCUAGCAAAAGAGAGCUUGUCAAAAAUGCGUGUUAUACGCAAGGCUACCUGGUGGGAGCAGCCAUAUCAUUGAUCCCAUCAGCCUGGGUCCACAAAGAGCCGGAGGCCAUGGGCCAGAUCCUUAUCGGAUUGGCCGAUGAUACGCCAUUCCUUUGGGGAACUGCAUUCGCCUCAACAAAAACUGGCUUGAGCUUUUCCAAGACGCUCAAGAAGCUGCGGCGCUGGUGGCUCUGUGGCAAGCCCGGCUCGUACCGUGAGAGGACCGUCGGCGCAAUAGACAAGAGGCUGUUUGUGGCAGCAUGGCUUGUUCAGGGGACGAGGUGGUCCAAGGAGACAGAGUGGCAGCUCUAUUCGCUCUGUCUGGAUCCCGGAAAUCUCAUCAUACCAAGCGACGAGGACAUCUUCAUCGACGUGGCCACGGCCGAGAUCCAGAUGCUGGCGAUCGAGGAUCAGAUCCUCGACAAAAGCUUGCGUGCCAAGUGGCCCAUGCCAAUCGCGUACGAUGAUGUGAGUGACAGCAACUAG